GGGUGCCACGUUCCCCACGCCGGAGGGAGCUCCUAUUCUCCACGCACAGCUGGGCCGGAAGUUCCCGCUAGGAAGCCCGUUUCGAUUGGCGCGGUGCACGUACUUUCACCGAGCUCGGUCUGGGGAUGGAAGCCGGAGGGGGUGACCCUCUGGAGCCGCUUCCCCCAAGUGCUGACUCCUUGAGGAAAGUAGAACAAGAGCAACCAGAUAAGCCUCCCCUCGCAGAGAUGUUGGAGAGCUCUCUUUCGGACAAAACUGAAGCCGUGAAGCUACUUGCUUCUGCCGAAGAGAUGGUGGCAAUCCCAGCUGCUAAAGACUCUCCUCCAAAGAACAGCAGAGUUUCUGGUGUGUCCUUCCAGGUCUCCCAAGGGAGUGAAUGGAAGCCACAUGCCUUGGCCUCAAAUGGUUUUGGGGGUGCUAACAGCUCUGCACCAUGCCAUUUUCAUUGGGGGGAAGAAAUGUCAGGGAGGCCAGAAGCACACCGUCACUCCUCAGAGAGAAAUACGGCCUCUGAUAAGGCAUCUUGUGAUAGGGGAGGGCAGUUAUGGAAUCUAUCAAACCCUCCUGUUAGGAAGCAUGGAUCUCCCAGCUUGUUCCCUCUCCCCUCCUGUUGGGGUGAAUUAAAGACUGAAACUCCAGCCACAGGUUAUGUGAGUAGAAUCAAUGAAUCAUCUCACUGGAACAGUGGAAAAUCAGGGGCCGUCUCAACUGACGGCACUCCCAAUGGGGAGGAGGCCUCCAAUGCCAAACUAUCCCUCCAGGAUGGCAGAAGGCAAGAGUGUGCUCGUUCCACAUUGACGCCUACCCAGUCCACUGAGGAAGAUGACCCUGCUUUGCUAGCCAUGUUCCGUGCUGUGGCUAACAGCCGCUUGGCUGUGAGGAGCCAACAGAAGGAUGAGCCAGAUUUCACCCCCGCCCAGAAAUUGGACAUCUUACGGGACUUGUAUUGUGCCAAGCCCCUGGUCUUCUUGGAGCGCUUCCGAACGGCCCUUCGCGAAGAGCACCUGUUUUGCUUCCGCCACCUGUCCGGCAGCUACGAGGCUGAUUUCUACUGCGCUGAAGUGCGCAGGGCCAGCCUGGGCAAAACGCGACACACCCGGCUGCGGAACAAGCGCUAUGCAGCUCUGCAGCAGCUCAUCCGAGGUGGGGAAUACUUCAGCGACGAGCAGAUGCGCUGCCGAGACCCGCUUCUUUACGAACAGUACAUUGGGCAGUACCUGAGUGACGAGGAGUUGCAGCAGCUGGGCAGCUGCAAGCUAGAGGCUGCCGGCUCCCUCUCGGGCGUCCUCCUGGACUCCUACCAGGAGCAGGUCAUCCAGCGGCGCCUGCAGAUCCAGCAAGAGCAGGAGGAGGCCUGUGAAGAAGAGGAAGAGGAAGAAGAUGAUGACGACGACGGUGAAGCUCAGGCGGCUGACCUCGACAUGGAGGAGUGGGUUCCUGACCAAGAGGAGAAGGCGAUUCUGCGGGAGGAGUUCACCAGCCGAAUGUAUCAGCGCUUCUUGGAUGGCAAAGACCGGGACUUUGAUUACAGCGAGGUGGAUGAGAACCCAGACUUUGACAACCUGGACAUUGUAUCACGGGAUGAGGAAGAGCGCUACUUUGAUGGGGAGGACCCGGAAGACGCUGAUGCUAUGGAAGCGGAGUAGAUGGGUCCGCAAGUGGAGAUCCUGGCCCCAAGAUGGAGGGGAGGGGUCCCCCAGGACGCAAGAGGGGCUGCACGUUUGACCUCUUUCUUUGCUGUGUGACUGUCCUGCCACAGGGUCCUGUUCACUGAUCCGAGCCCAGGGAGCGGGAGAGCAGAUCCAGAUUGGAGAAAGGAAUGUUUUUGUGAUCCUAGUAGUUGCAGGUCUGGUCUCUGAGGUCCAUGGCUGUUCCCUAGGCUGCAGCUCCCCAAUUACUGGUGGGCGAGGGAGGAUGCAGAGAAAGGGGAAGGCUCCCUUCGGAGCAGGCCACCUGCGUUCUGUUUCGGAAGUGCUAGGACCGAAGUGGUCUUCUCAUUUAUGGUGGUUCUCUCACUUCUGAACCUCCCUAUUGUAUAGAUGAGACAACAAUUUAAUGAGACUUGGUCUCUUCCCCCCUCUGAUUUCCCUUUGGCCUAUCUGUAAUGCGUCUCUGUGGUGGGCUGGAACUACCCCCAAGUUUGGACAACCUGGGGUGUCAGACGUUGUUGUCAGAGAACUUUGGCUGCUUUGUUGGUGAGUCGCAGCCUGUGAUUUCUCCCCCAGUUGGGGGUUGAAAAUAAAUCACGUUUUGCGUGAAGAAGCA